UUGACAGAUACAUUGCUGAUAAUAUCUUCACUUGUGCAACCCGACGUUGUUUGGCGUUGUCUUUGGAAGAACCUCUUCUGUGUGCCAUCGGUACGAUGUUACUGUUCACAUGGAAUGGAUCACAACAUCUUCGAAAGGUAUGGUAUGCAAACAGCUUUUUGGGAAAGGAGUUGAAAUAUUUGCUGCCGGCGUAAGCGAAUUUGAAAUGCGGCAAGAGCUUACGCGCGCAUGGUUCUUCGGAUCGUUUAGAAGAGCGAUUCGCCAAAGGAAACUUCAGUGUGGUUGAUAACGCCGCGAAGUUUACAAAUGGGAUUGAUGAUAUUGAACUCUAUAGAGUUUUAAGCUUCUCUCUCGGAAGAGAAAUUCUGCGGAUCGGAUAUAGUGAGCUGUGCUUUGAACUUUGAGCGCGAAGCUCUGGAUUAAUACUUAUUCAGUUUUACUGCCGUUGCAGGAUUUGGUCGACAUCAUGACCAUGGAUGGGAAAUAUCACCUUCCUCCAGACACUGUGGUUCCAUGCUAGACCAACCAACAAACACAAUAUUCAAUUGAAGUUUAGUGUAAUAUGUACCAACUGGAUUUUAUGUGGCUCUGUCGAAAACAUUUUUGAAGAUGGAGGACGAUUAAGAAUGCGUUGUGCUCGAAUGAUAAUGGCAUUAAAUUGUCGGAACGCUCUCAUGUGUGUUGUGCUCUUCAUUUAUCUUUCGGAAGUAGUCACUGGAUCCUUUAUUUCAGACACCUUGGAUUUCGACUUGUCCCUCUUCGUCCGACAUCGUCGCAGCUACGCUGAGCAGCAUAGAAGAAGCAAAGAAGCCAUGCUAAGUAUUGGCAAUGCUGUAAAAUCAGCAGCACAUGGAGCAAAAUCGACAGUAUUUAUUACUGAUAACUGUACAGUAGUUGUGGCUCAAACUGGAGGUACGGCAACCCUGCCGUGUGUUGUUAGAAAGUUUAGCAACGGGGUGGUAUCAUGGAUACGGAAACAAGAUUAUCACCUGCUCACAGUAGGGGUUGCCACUUAUAAUACUGACGACAGAUUUAUGGUAGAGCACGUGCGUCACUUACAGAACUGGGGUCUUUUGAUCAAGCAUGUGCAGCCCUCUGAUGCUGGACUUUAUGAGUGCCAAGUAUCUACACAUCCUCCAACAAGCAUCAUAGUUGAGCUUAAAGUUACAAGUAGUUUGAUUCCCUACAUCGAUACUGGAGUGUAA